AUGAAGUUCGCCGGACUUGCUGCUUCCCUCGUCGUUGUGGGGAUUGUUCUUUCUGCCCCCAUGCCUAGUCAAACUGGCAUCUCAAGCGCUGUAUCCGGCUUGGAAGGUACUGCUAAAAACGUGAUAAGUGGUGUGGCUGGUGAAAAGCGUGAUGUUGACUCUUCUGGUGCAUCUACCUCUGAUGUUUCGGGCUCUCUCGAAGGUGUAACUGGCCUCGUUGGCAGUGCUGCUGGUACUGGUGAGAAUGCACUUACCAAUACAGCCUCCGGUAUGUCUAUUGCUAUUUUCAUCAACCGAUGCCACCAUACUAACCCUCCGUGA